GAAAUAACUUUAUUUAAAUAUUUAUAUAAAACUUUCAAUUUCAAGCAUUUUUAAAAAGUUCAUAAUAAAUUGAUUUUUAAUAUACAAUAGGAGUUGUACUUUAUCUGUAUCACCUGCAGUCUGAUUUUUAUUUUAAAAAAAACACAUUUUACUAUGUUAAUAAGCUGCUUUCUUUUGGCAGUAUGUCAAGGAGCAGUCUUUGUGGAUUCCUCAUGUCCAGGGACUUUGUUGAUAUUUUAAAUGAAUGACAAUUAGAUCAUUUGAACAGACAAUGGAAUGGAUCCUAAAAGGUCUCUUCAGGUAUCACGAUGGCAGAAGCCUAUUUUAUUGUUAAAUUGUUGUUAGCAUUUGCUUUCUGAUAACCUGUUUCCAUGGCUUCUAUUGGAACAAUUACUAUUCCCGUCAAAAUGAGAACUGCUACUGCCAGAAUUUCAAUCAGUUCCACCAGCUGCAGCGUGACCUGUGGCAUGGGUUACAAAGUUGAAGAAACAUGUCAGAUUGGGCCUAAUGGUGAAAGGAGGUACUGUGAUAUUCAGAAAGUGGAGUGCUUGACCAACUGGCUCUGUGGGAUGCUCCAUUUCACUAUUCUUGUAGGUAAGCCUUUUGAAUUCCAGUGCUUGUCCUCUACUGAAAUUGGCCCUGAAAGUAACAGCUUCAGUUGUUCAUGGAGGAUAGCCAGAGGUAUCAUUACCACUGAUGAUGUUCUCUUUAAACCAUUCAAGACUGCUGGCUUUGUCAUUAAGCUUUCCCCAGCCAAAGAAUACGAUGCAGGGACAUACAGGUGUGACGUGCAGUUCAUGAGAAGCUAUAAGAUUGUCAAAAGAAUCUACUUUGGAAUUCGUGUGAUCCCUGGUCACUUGGUGGAUCUGAACUUUGACAAAUCCUUGACUCUGGAACAGCACUUGGAAGGUGAGAAGGAAGAAAGCCAGCAGAAUGCCACUGGUGUUCCUGUCCAGAACCAGCAUCACCUUUGGCGCCGAAGAACUCUUUUUGUAUUUUCAAUAGGCAUUGGAAGUGGUGUAGUAGGAGGAAUCUUGUUGCACAACAUUUUCUACUAUUUAGUGAAAGUUCCCAAUAAUUAUGGAUAUGUGGAAGAAUAAAAAUGUUUUUUCUUGUA